AUGUCUGUGAAAUUCAAACUCCACCACCAACCAUCUCCUACUACUGGUUCUCCACCAUCGUCCGCCUACCAUCGAUCAUCAUCAUCAUUCACUUACAUGGGAUUUAAAAAAUGGUUUAAAGCACAACACAAUAACUCUUACAGGAGGAGGGAUGAAAAUGAUCCAGGGAUAAAGUGUUAUCUUGUGGAUCCUCUUGGUUCUAGCUUGUUUAACAAUGUGACAAGAGUAGUGAUGUACACAAGAGAAGAUGCUAAAGGGAAGAGGUUAAAGAACCCAUUUGAUACGGUCACUGAAGGAAUAGGGAUCAACACAUUCACGGAAAAUUUCAAAAUGACUCAACUUGACGGAGAGUUCUAA